AUGCUCUGGCUUACUGCAAGGGCAGUGGUCCGCCCGCUGUCCUCGCCCAGGCUGUUGAAUUGCCUGUCAAUGCCCCACUGCCACACGCCAAGAAACUUCGGCUCUGAGACGGAGGUCGUCAUUGCUCUCGGAUCGAAUUUGGGGAACCGCGUCCAAAACUUGACUGAGGCGCUUCGACUAUUGGAGGGGGCCCGAGUCAAGGUACUGGGGCAUUCCUGCCUGUAUGAAAGCGCUCCUGUUCAUUUGGAGGACCAACCUUUCUUCCUCAAUGCUGCUGUUCUUGCCAAGACAUCCCUGAGCCCAACUGUGCUCCUUGACCUAGUCAAGUCCAUUGAAUUGGAUUUGGGCCGUGACCUAUCCAAUAAUGCGAUGAGGUGGGGCCCUCGGCCAGUCGACUUGGACAUCAUUUUCUAUGGCAGCAAACGCGUCCACACAGAGAGACUUGCAAUCCCACAUGAAAGGUGGCAUAUCAGGGAUUUUGUGAAGGCACCACUUGCCAACUUGGCAGGCUUGCAGUGCUGUGAGGGAACGGAUGUCCAAUCCAUGUUGGCAGAGGCUUCAAGGCUCUGGCAGGAAGAGGGUGGUGAAGCGCUGAUAGGUUCACGCCAGCUGCGCCGUGUCAUGCCCUUUGGCAAUGAAUUGUUGGAGUUCGGGAAGUGCACCAAGGUUAUGGGUAUACUGAACGUCACACCAGACAGCUUCAGUGACGGAGGGUUAUUCAAUACCGUUGACUUAGCCCUUGCACAAGCCAGGUGCAUGGUGGAGGAGGGUGCAGAUAUGAUUGAUAUUGGAGGUCAAUCCACAAGGCCCCGGGCGGACAGAGUGCCAGCAGAGCAGGAGGUGGAGCGGGUUGUUCCCAUCAUCAAGGCACUCCGUGAAGAACCGAAGCUUCAGAACAUUCUGAUAUCCAUUGACACCUUUUAUGGUGAAGUAGCCAAGGAAGGUGUACGUGCGGGAGCUCAUAUCGUGAAUGAUGUUUCUGCUGGCAAGCUGGACAGGACGAUGUUUCGCCAGGUGGCCGAGCUCAAUGUGCCUUACGUCAUGAUGCACAUGAGAGGCAAUCCACAAACGAUGCAGCAGGAGGAAAACACGACAUAUAGGGACAUUUGUAAGGAGGUGGGCGAGGAGCUGCAGUGUUCUGUGGAGGCUGCAAUGUCGACUGGUGUUCUGGGAUGGAACGUUAUAUUGGACCCAGGGAUCGGCUUUAGCAAGACACAUGCUGGCAAUGUGCAGCUCAUUAGGGGGCUAAAGCGUAUCUGGCACGAAGGCCUCUCAGGGACCUGCCAACAGAUGCCACGGCUAUUAGGUGUGUCGCGAAAAGGGUUCAUUGGGACAAUCACAGAGAAAAAAGAUGCACGGCAGCGUGAUGUAGCAUCAGCGGCUGCAGCCGUUGCAUGUGUGGCCGGCGGUGCCGACAUCAUUCGCGCACACAAUGCUGGCUUUACAAGGGAUGCCGCGAUCAUGGCGGAUGCAAUCUACAGGAAGAAAUGA